GGUGUUCUUUAAAGGAUGUCUUCAGAUGAUGAAGGUUAUUUGCUGAGGGACGUCCUUUGGAAGCUCGGAAGAUUCUCACCCGAGAUAGAAAUCCCAUCAGACCCUUGUGUGAACCCUCCUUGUCCUUCAUCCCCUACCUUAGUUGCCCCUGAAACCAUGCUCCGCUCAAAUGCACCGUCCAAACGAUUCGUUUUAAAAACGGAACCAAAGCUCUCUGAAUCGUUCGAACCUCCCAUUCAGGAGGGCAAGUCGAAACGUGAGGGUAAACAUGGUCCAAAGCCUAACAAAUUAUCCGACAACCAAGUUCUAAAGCUUCACGACUGUCGUCCAGUAUCCGUAGUGUUAAGAAGAGUGGACUCCACUCGCAGCCCUCAAACAUCAACAGAACCAUUUGCAUCUCGUAUUCAAACUCCAGAUGAAUUUGUUAUUACUGAAAGUAUUCCCAAACUAAGACGAUGCUCCGUCGUUUUAGAGCGUUUGAACAUCAAAGAAGAACUCCUUCCUCCACUUAUUGAUACAAAAGAGGAAGUUUCCAUGGACGAAAUGGAAGUCUGCAACGAGUCUGAGUCAAUCAAAGCUGAGACCGAGAACCAAAAAGACAACCAAAUCGAUGGGAACGAUCUCAUGGCACCGUCUCCACGCGACAAUGAUGAGGACCUGGACGUGAUAGAAUCCAGUCAAGUCGUUAACACGCCUCCAACCGCCAGGAAACGUCUUUUUCAAAAGAGCGCCUUCGAAGAAACCGCGAUCACGAGUUUCUACGAAUAUCCAACUUUCAUGGAAGCUAACAAAACCUUGGACGCAACUCACCUGAAUGAGAUUGAUUUAGCAUCAAGUCUUAAAUCUGCUCCGGAUUUCAAUACUUUUGUUCCCUGCAAAAAUGCCCCAUCUUGGAAAGACGUGCUGGAAAGUUGCGACGAAUUUUCCAUUCCACAUGAACGUCAUCAGAAAGCGUUUUGUAGCAAAAAAGCUGACGUGCCCGAGAAAGGUAUCGAACUAGGACAACAAAAGAUUCGUCUGGCGUGGCAGUUUGAUCUCCGGGAAUUCAAGUCAAAUCUAGCCACUCAGUCUUUAGGAGAUAUGAAGCUCGAACGGCUCAAGGAGUUGGGACUUUCUGCAUCUGACUUGAAAUCGCAAGGAACUCUGGCCCAAUUAUUUUCUUCCGAUCGAAAAUUAUUUACCUUGGAACCUAUUGCCAAAGCCCCGACUUGUAAAGAAGUCAACUUGUGGCUGAAAACACGAGGUCUUAUGCAAGAGAAUCCUAAAGAACUUCCUAAAGAGGAAGAUGAAAAUCGCGUCAAAGAUUUUGACGUGGAUGCUCCAUUGCCUCGUCAAAGUCAAAUGGUGAUGAGAAUUAGGCGUGAUUCAGACGAUUCUCUGGGAAGUGAAGUGUCCUGUUCACCCCCAUCAUCACCAGAAGUCGAAAAUAAAAUUGAAGUGGACUCUCCAAAUAUGUCGGAAAUGGUCCAAUCGAGUACACCGUUUACUUUGACCAAGACCAACAGCGCAAUUUCAAGCCCAGGAAGACCAACCACGACCCCAAUUCUCGUUCAUGAAACCAAAAGAAGAGUGCCUAGUCCCAGUAACGUGAGGAUCAAUGUGGAUGAAGGCAAUCCGAUUUCGCGGAGGCAAUUGUUUAAGAAACGACGCAUUUCGUGGGAUCAAACAGUUUUGGACAAAGAAGAUGAAGACCCUGACAUUGUGGAAUCCAGUCAAGUUGAAGAGCGAUCUAGGACUCCUUCUCCAACUCCAGGAACGUCUUGCGAAACCACUCAAAAUUUAAGGCGUCGACUUUUGCAAAGCCAGUUUCGCAAUAAGUUCUUGACACCAGAGGCUACUUUGGGCGAGCGUUUGGGCGCCAAGCCCGAUUCGCCGGGAUCACCCAUCGAAGGGCCCUCGCCAAAUAACACUCAUAACUUUAAAAUGAGCUUUGAGAACUUGCAAGAAGUGAAAGCGUUGUCAGAGCAUCAAUACUUGUCGGUCAUGUCCAUGGAAAUCCAUGUAAAUACGAGGCAGAAGCUUUUACCAGAUCCAGAUUAUGACGCGAUCACCGCUAUUUUUAUGUUAACCAAUAAUGACGUUCCUGCAGGAAGCAAACGACCCAAGCAAUGUGAAGAAAUAUUUGUCUUGGAUCCCGAUUUCGAAACCAAACGACAACGACAAGCCUCCGAUCUGCUGGCAUCUUCGGGUGUUUUCCGGGACAACAUUCGUUACUUCUCGUCAGAGAAGACCUUACUUCUUGGACUUGUUGAAGCAGUUCAGGCCCAUGAUCCGGAUAUCCUGUGCGGUUACGAAGUUCAAAUGUCCUCUUGGGGAUAUGUUAUUGAACGGGCCUCAAGAUGCGACCUUAAUUUAGCUCCUUCACUCUCGCGAGUUCCAUCUCGAGAAAAAGAGAGCAAAAUGAACGAAGAACAAGAUCCUUAUGGCGCCGACCACACUUCAGAGUUGAGGAUCGCAGGCAGAGUGGUUCUGAACAUUUGGCGUCUUCUUAGAUCAGAGGUGGCCUUUUAUAGCUACACAUUUGAAAACAUGAUGUUUCACGUAUUACACACACGUGUUCCCAAGCAUCACUCGGUCACAUUGACCCAAUGGUGGAACCAUAGUACGCAUUUGUUCCGAUGGCGUGUGUGUGACUAUUAUCUGACUCGAAUACAUGGGAAUCUGAAUCUCAUGGAACAACUAGAUAUUAUUGGAAGAACCUCAGAAUUGGCCCGACUCUUUGGCAUCCAAUUCUUCGAAGUCAUCUCGCGGGGAUCUCAAUUUCGGGUGGAAUCUCUGAUGCUCAGACUCGCCAAGAGGAAAAAUCUCAUCCCAGUCUCUCCCAAUACCAUGCAAAAAGCCAAGAUGAAAGCCCCGGAAUAUAUUCCUUUGGUGAUGGAACCCGAAUCCCGGUUUUACACCGAUCCUCUCAUCGUGCUUGAUUUUCAAAGUCUCUAUCCGUCCAUUAUCAUGGCCUAUAAUUAUUGUUAUUCCACGUGCUUGGGUCGUGUCCAAAACUUGGGCUCGCCAGACCCUAUUGAAUUUGGUUGCACUCAAUUGAAGAUAUCCCCCCAUAGACUAGAGAAAUUAGAUGGGCACUUGAACUUCUCGCCCGGGGGUGUGGCUUUUCUGAAGCCCACCUUGAGAAAAGGUGUCUUGCCUCAAAUGCUCAAAGAGAUUCUGGACACCAGAUUGAUGGUGAAGAAAUCCAUGAAGAUCCACAAAGGAGAUAAAACUUUGCAGAGGGUUCUUCAUGCCAGGCAACUCGGUUUGAAACUUAUUGCCAACGUUACUUAUGGAUACACAUCGGCCAAUUUCUCCGGAAGAAUGCCAAGUGUCGAGGUGGCUGAUUCAGUGGUGAGUAAAGGAAGAGAAACUUUGGAAAGAUGCAUCCGAUUCAUCGAGACUUCGACGAAAUGGAAAGCUCAGGUGGUUUAUGGGGACACAGAUUCUGUUUUCGUUUUAUUACCCGGAAGGACUCGGGAAGAAGCUUUUACUAUCGGAGAAGAGAUUGCUCGAGAAAUCACCCAAGAUAACCCCAAACCAAUCAAGCUCAAAUUCGAAAAGGUUUACUACCCAUGCAUCUUGCAAACUAAGAAACGUUAUGUGGGUUACAUGUAUGAGACAUUGGACCAAAAAGAGCCCGUCUAUGAUGCCAAAGGAAUCGAAACUGUGAGAAGAGAUGGAUGUCCGGCAGUGGUCAAGAUCCUUGAAAAGUCUCUGCGAAUCCUAUUCGAGACCAAAGACGUGUCUAAGGUGAAACUAUUUGUUCAGAGGCAGUUCCAGAAGAUCAUGCGAAACAAGGCCUCUCUUCAAGAUCUUACAUUUGCCAAAGAGUUCCGUGGCGUGUCUGGUUACAAACCCGGAGCGCUUGUGCCUGCCUUAGAAUUGACAAGGAGAUUAACGAGACACGAUCGUCGAGCUGUUCCAAGAUCGGGUCAACGCGUUCCUUAUGUUAUUGUCUAUGGAGAGCCCGGGCGUCCAUUGAUCCAAUCAGUACGAAGUCCGGAAGAGGUUCUCAAUGACUCUACAUUGAGACCCAAUGCUCAGUAUUACAUCUGUAAAGUGAUAUCCCCGCCGUUGAAUCGAUGUCUGUCUCUCAUUGGCGUGGACGUUUUGGCAUGGUACUUGGAGUUGCCCAAAUCUUAUCGGCCACGCCUGGGAGCAACUAACGUCGACGAACCUCAAGCUGGAACAUCUCGUGGUCAAGGUGUGAUCCUUCAAUAUUUCGCCUCUCAUCAUUGUGCCUCAUGUGACACUCUAACCCAAAAACCUAUCUGCGAUCACUGCCUUCAAAACCUUCAAUCCACGUGCCUUACACUAUCCAAUAAGGUUCGGGCUUGGGACAAAGCCGUGACUGAUAUCCGUCGACUCUGUCAGUCCUGCACUGGUUAUCCGGAUUUGAAUUCAGAUGUGUGCACAUCUCUGGACUGUCCUGUGCUCUACAAGAGGAAAAUAUGCCAAUUCGACGAGGAGCAAAUUAAUUAUGUACAAAAACUCAUGGACAAUCUGGCCUUUUAGACGUCCGUUGAAUUAUGAUGGUUGGUCAGAAUUGCUCAUGUUUUACGUCCUUCUUUUAUUAAAUACAUAAUUAACUAAUC